GCAACGCGACGUCACCAGUUCUCCCUUCACUUCCGAAUAGCUUGGACAAGAUAGCGGGCGAGCUGUCGGCGGUGUCACUCACUGAUGUAUUUGUGUCGAAAAACAGCAUAAUUGUCCAAGAACGAGCCUCUCUGGAGUGUCUAAGGACUACAUUUAGGCGACGAAAAUGAUCCGCUUCAUCCUGAUCCAGAACCGAGCUGGAAAGACACGACUGGCCAAAUGGUACAUGCAGUUUGACGACGAUGAGAAGCAGAAAUUAAUUGAAGAAGUGCAUGCUGUGGUGACUGUCAGGGAUGCCAAGCACACUAACUUUGUGGAGUUCCGAAACUUUAAGAUCAUAUACCGACGCUACGCUGGGCUCUACUUCUGCAUUUGCGUGGACGUGACUGAUAACAACUUGGCAUAUCUCGAGGGAAUCCACAACUUUGUCGAGGUGCUCAACGAGUACUUCCACAACGUGUGUGAAUUGGACCUCGUCUUCAACUUCUACAAGGUGUACACGGUGGUGGACGAGAUGUUCCUCGCCGGCGAGAUCCGGGAGACCAGUCAGACCAAGGUCCUCAAGCAGCUCCUCAUGCUGCAGUCGCUGGAGUAGAAUAUGAAACCUUCUCUUCCACCUCAACAUUCUCAUCCCCACCCCUCCUCGUCCUGUCUCUGUCGCAGGAGGGGGGGUUCCUGCAUCGAUAGAAAUUCAUAUGUUGUCAUGUUGUUGCACUGCUCUUGAAGGCUGUCCAUUUCAGGGACUUUUUAAAGACAUGUUUAAGCCCUGCGUUAGAAUCUGAAUUCAAGGCUUGUUCGGAAGGGAGGGAAGUAACUUGAACCACCACCUCCAGUCAUCUAAGCACUACUGUGAUGAAGCACCAUCAUGAUCAGUGCAGAGCAUCCUGUCAUCCUUUUUAAACAUGAUUUUAAAGCCUGCCGGUGAUGGAUGUUGUAUCGCACGCCUCACGAGCGUGUUACACGUGGAUCGCUGUGAGUGUGAUGACAAAAACACAGCAGGUGACGGCUGUACCUUUGCAAAGGCAUUUCAACUUUAUGACUUGGUGCUUGUUUGUCGCACAUUUUAGGAGGCAGUACCGCUACGUGUGCUUAGUAUGACCUGUGCAGUGUAUCUCACUUCUUGUUGAAUAUCGUGGAACGCAUUCAUUCCAGCAGCACGCUACCUGUGUGCUUCAAACAGUAUUUACUUGUUAAAUGUUAGAUGUCACUUAUCGGCUUUUUAAAUGCACCACCACCUGUCAUAACAUACUAACCUUAUUCUAUCAACGAUGGCUUCAGAUGUUUAUCCUUUUGUAUUUUGAGUAGACUAGUUAAAUAUGUACUGCUUCCUUUUGUCCACCUGUUUUUUUGUUGUUUUUUUUUACUACUAGUCAUGUCUCCCAGCACACAACCCACAAAAUGUCCCAUUAUAUGUAAAUAAAUAAAUGAAGUAUGUGAGCA